AUGGCCGCCUGGGAGACAGAGGACGAGUCCCACGGCGAUGCCGCCAUGACGGCAUUGCCUACGCCCCGAGACACGCCCUACAGAACACCAUCGCGAAGCUCGAGAAAGUCCAGACGCUCAGUCACCCCACCGAAUGGGAAGGAAAGCCCUUCACCUCCUCCCGUUCCGCAUAACGAUAAGGGUUCCAGACGCUCCUCGCGGAAUAUGACCAACGACGAUGGCAUCAGCGUUCUUGAUCCCCGCCGUUUCACGCCGACUCUACACGCCAAUCUUGUUGCUGAGAUCCUGAACCUGAGGCGGGAUCAAGAAGAGAAGGCGAAGCUCAUCGAAAACCUCGAGGUAUCUUUGCAUGCCUCGCGUCAGGAGCAGGAGUCACUCCAGGAGUCGAUGGCUACUACCGGAAAGGAAAACCGUUCGUUGAAACGUCAGUUAGCUCUUCUCGAGGGCGGCACGUCCUCGGCACUUGGCGAACUAGCACGCCAGAGGGACGAGGCCGUUGACUCCAUCACGGAAACGAAGAAGAGACUUGAGGCCGCCCAGAGGAAGGUUCGAAGCCAGGAAGAAGACUCGCAAAGGGUCCACGACCUAUGGGCCCAAGACAAGGACUCUUGGGAAGAGGAGAAGCGCAAGUAUGAACGCAAAGUCCACGUUGCCGAGAGCCGCUUGAAGACGGUUUUGGACGAGGUCGCCGCCUACCAGGCUGCUCAGGCCAACCGCCACGACAGCGACGCAGAAGACCAUAUAGAUAACGACGCAGCGAGCGUCCGAACCAUGAGCAUGACCAACAGCAUCCGAUUCUCCACCCAGCAGAGUCCCGGCAAGGUCUUCAACGGCAACUCCCUAGCCGACGAACUAAACCUCAAUGGUGAUGACGACUGGCAAACCGACGACGGCGGACGCGAGAGCGCCAUGUCGAGUUACCGCCAUACCCGGACAUUUAGUCGUGACAGCGUCCUGUCGAGGAUUCACCGCAGGAACCAAAGCUUUGAAAGCCCUCAGCGUCCGGGAAGCGUGACUCGAGGCAGACUCUGGAUGAACCAGCCAGUUUUGGAGGCUCUGGAAGACGGUAUCCAAGAAGACGAUGAGAAACUCGUUUCUCCCCCGCCGCCGGCACCAAAGUUCACCUACACAGACUCAGGCAUCCAGUACUCGCCUCCUCCGUCGCCCAAGCUAGAGCCCGUUCAGCCAACCACUCUCGAACCCACCGUCAAGGUAGAUAAACUCCCCGAAGCCGAGGCUGCUCCCCGAGGUGAGUGGGAGGUGGAGGCCAAUCAACGGCGCAAACGGGUCUAUGUCAGCCGACCACUGUCUAUCGAGCCGCGCCCCUUCAACCACAUGGUCUCAGCUGGCUCUCAGACGGUCGAAGAACCUCUGAGCCCUCCCAAGACACCCAAAUCACCCUACAGGUCUUUGACGCCGCCUCUGCCUGAAACUCCACCUUCUAUCAUGGUUUCGGCCUCGACACAGACGGACCAGCCCGCGGAGAAGCUGCAGAUGGCUCCUCUAUUACGGCCGGUGCAGGAGCUCACCAUCCCGAGCAUCAGCAUCAUUCCGCCUUCAAGUCGUCCAACGACACCAAGAGAGCCCCGGCUUCCUCAGUACUUCAAGGAUUUUGGCUGCCAGGUAUCGAUCGUCUCCUCGAUUGAGAUGCGGUCCACUUCUGCCCAGACAGAAGAGAUCCUCUCUGAUAAACGAUUGGCAAAUCUCCCUGUUCAUUUGCGCCCCUCGGCGAUCACGUCAAGACCCUCGUCACCCGUCAUUGCCACCGCUGUUUCAACCAAUGACGACCAGCACUUUACUCCUGUUCCCGGACAUCUGCCGCCGAGAAACCCCAAGAGACUCACUACCAAGCGCAGCAUCACCGACAUGCCCUCGUCGCCACCGGCUUUGCCCGACGUCGGAGAGCAAACCCGUGACGCAUACCCCGGUAACAACGACGACGGGCCAUUGUCACACAGCGCGCCCAUGCGACGACCGCACCGCAUCAGCAGCCUUUUCGCCGGGUUCCAGGACGCCCAAAGCUCUGACGAGCAGGACGAGUUCGAUGCUGAUGUGAGCGACUCCGAGUACCGAACCGCGCUCUCCGCUCCCGGAAUGAGGAUGACGGAUUCCCGAGCUUCCAACCGCACAUCCGUAAGCACAUUCGCGGCAUCGCCGGAGCAGGCCAAGAUGGCCGCACCUAGCAGGACCUCGGCGCGUCCUUCUGGAACCGAGGGCUACAGCCACACCCCGGAGAACAGGGAGACAGCCGCCAAAAGGCAGCCAGCAAAACCUACGGCCCGGGGUUACGAGAAGUCGACUGCCGGCUCGUCGGGUAAGCAAAAUGUCAUGCGGAAGGCAGCCAUGAUCCAGAGCGGCAUCGCCAGCCAUCAGGGCCGCCCCAGGAGCCCCAGUCUCCCGGAGCCCCGCGACCCUCCCUUCCCUAUCCCGACUCGGGCCAGUUCUCGACGACCGCCAUUCAGCGCCAGCGCUCCGAGCGAUGGCCGGGGGAGCCCAACAAAGAUGGACGCGCCGUGGCAUCGCCGGGGCGUCGGCCGCAGCCAUUAUCGUGCCGGCAGCGUUCGCAAAGUUCGGUCAGCGGCCGCCAUUCCUCGGAACCAGAGAAACCGUAGACAAGGCAGCAGAUCCCCGCCGCCCUUCUCGGAGACAACCGAAGGGCCAGAGAGCCCGAAACUGCCGCCCCUUCCCUACAACGACAUCACUACCCCUCGGCACGACGCGAGCUCCCACUACAGGUCACACAGAUCGAAGCUGUCGACUACAACGGCCCAAACCACCACCACGGAGCACAAUUCUGUCAACGGGGCUUCCAAUGGCCCCUCGCAAGCCACGGGGGUUGUCGACGCUAUCGCGCAGACCAUGGUUGGCGAAUGGAUGUUCAAGUACGUCCGGAGGCGCAAGUCUUUUGGAGUGCCCGACAGUGGCAGGGACGACUCCAGCAACGACCGCCACAAGCGAUGGGUUUGGCUAGCACCCUAUGAAAGGGCCAUCCUCUGGAGCAGCAAGCAGCCCUCGUCCGGCAGUGCCUUGAUGGGCAAGUCUGGCCGGAAAUUGACGAUUCAGUCCGUACUCGAUGUCAAGGAUGACAAUCCCGCUCCCAAAAACCAGGGUGCUGUGUUCAACCGUUCGAUCCUUAUCCUGACUCCUCAACGAGCGUUAAAGUUUACUGCUACGUCUUCCGAGCGACAUUACAUGUGGCUCACGGCGCUUUCUUUCCUGGCACACUCGACCCAGGCGAUUCCAGAAAUCCUACCUUCUCCUCGGCCUGUGAAAGAGACAGUAGUGCCGGAUAUUGAGCCGCCACCACCAGCCAGGCGGCCUGCCAUCCGUGACUCCAUCCGGCUGACGAAAAGCAAGGCUCCUAUGAUUAGGAACGGAGGACCAGCAAGCAUCCCCAGUGUCCGCAGCGCUCCCAGUGUUCCCAGCCUUCCUAGUGUUCCCAGCGUUCCUAGCGUUCCUAGCGUUCUCUCGUCCAGAACAGGCGACACAUCCGGUUACAGACAGGCGGAAACAUUCCCACCUAUGCCAAGCAACGCUGGCAAUGGUCAUCAGCGCGAACCAUCGGCAGACGCUGCUGAACCACCCUUCAUCCCCCGAUUCAUUGAACGGUCCAACCAGGCCAUGAUUCACGGACGGAAGCGAAGCAACACUGGAGGCCAUGUUCCGCCACCACUCUCUUUCCGUGGCUUUUCUGGACCGGGCAGCGUUGGACACAGCUACACCAACAGCAAUGCUGGCAAUAGUGUCGGCACAGCAGGAUCAUCCGACAUCUACCAGUCUCAGCCAUCACAAGGCUCGAGCAGACAGAGUUGGGCCCUCAGCACGGUUGGCUCCCAGCGUACUUCAGAGGCCUCUUCGCGGCCCGCUGGCAACUUCUUUGACGCCAUCGGCACGGUGCGGAUGGAGGCUUUCAUCAGUCCCCUGGCGCACUCGGGUUUUGACAGAGAUCCCGAUGAGCACGAGGAAUACCGAUACCGAGCCCGAAGGCGGAGCAAGGAGAUUCGACGCCGGCAAAGCCGCAGCCGCCACCGCGAUAGCUACAGUUCUCGUGGCACGCGUGGCACAGACGGCUACAAUGUUGGUGACUACUUCCGAGAUGACCCUUUCAAGGGCUUCUAG